ACUUGGUGAGACAUGUUUGGAGGAAGAUCAAAUGGCUUUGUUAAGCAUUGAGUUCUGUUUGCUGUCCAUGGUUUGGGCACUGGCUGAUGUGGCUGCUCUCUGUGAUCAGAGGGAUCAGUGUUUGGAUGGGACCCAUGGCUGUGAUCCUGUGCUGGCCACCUGUGUGAGCGUGCCACGUGACGCACAGAACAGGGCUGGAUACUACUGUGCCUGUAUCUCGGGAUAUGCGGGGAGUGGACUACAAGGAGGCUGUAGAGAUGUGGACGAAUGUCUGCGGGACAAUGGCGGCUGCUCCCAGCGCUGUGUGAACACAGCAGGCAGCUACCAGUGUGACUGUCACCCAGGGUACGCCUUGCAGCCUGAAAGCAGAACAACAUGCACAGACAUCAAUGAAUGCCUGUGGGAUCCUUGUGAUGCUCUGAGCGUCUGCGCCAACGUUCCUGGGGGCUACAGAUGUGACUGCAGGGUGGGCUUUGAGUACAGUGGCCACGUCUGCACAGAUGUCAAUGAAUGUAAAAGUGCUCCAUGUCAACCUUACGAACAAUGCGUGAAUACAGUGGGAAGCUACUUCUGUGUGUGCCUGUUCGGUAAUUGCACAGAUGAGGACGAAUGUCUGCAGGACAAUGGCGGCUGCUCCCAGCGCUGUGUGAACACGGUGGGCAGUUACCGCUGUGACUGCCACCCAGGGUACACGUUGAGUCCUGGAAGCAGAACAACAUGCGCAGAUGUGGACGAAUGUCUGCGGGACAAUGGCGGCUGCUCCCAGCGCUGUGUGAACACGGUGGGCAGUUACCGCUGUGACUGCCACCCAGGGUACACGUUAAGACCUGGAAGCAAAACAUCAUGUACAGACAUUGAUGAGUGCCGUGAGGGUGUUUGUGAUGUGCAGAGUUUCUGCAGAAACUUCCCCGGAGGUUACAGCUGUGACUGCAGACCUGGAUUUGAGCUGAGCAAUGGCGUAUGUGUUGUGAGUGACCUAUGUGCCAUCAAUCCAUGUGGACCCAAUGCCUCUUGUACCCAGGGGGAUGGAAGCUUUAGAUGCUCCUGUGAGCCUGGCUUCACCUGGAGUGGAAUCGGCUGCACAGAUGUGGACGAGUGUCAGAGUGGGAGCCACGACUGUCACAGCUCGGCCUCCUGUUCCAACAGUCCAGGCUCUUUCCAGUGUGUGUGUGGGGCUGGGUACACUGGGGACGGAAGGACUUGUACAGAUGUGGAUGAGUGUCAGAGUGGGAGCCACGACUGUCACAGCUCGGCCUCCUGUUCCAACAGCCCCGGAUCUUUCCGGUGUGUGUGUGGGGCUGGGUACACUGGGGACGGAAAGACUUGUACAGAUGUGGACGAGUGCCAGAAUGGGAGCCACGACUGUCACAGCUCGGCCUCCUGUUCUAACAGCCCCGGCUCCUUCCGGUGUGUGUGUGGGGCUGGGCACACUGGGGACGGAAGGAUUUGUACAGAUGUGGAUGAGUGUCAGAGUGGGAGCCACGACUGUCACAGCUCGGCCUCCUGUUCCAACAGCCCUGGCUCUUUCCAGUGUGUGUGUGGGGCUGGGUACAUUGGGGAUGGAAGGACUUGUACAGAUGUGGACGAGUGUCAGAGUGGGAGCCACGACUGUCACAGCUCAGCCUCCUGUUCCAACAGCCCUGGCUCUUUCCAGUGUGUGUGUGGGGCUGGAUACACUGGGGACGGAAGGACUUGUACAGAUGUGGACGAGUGCCAGAGUGGGAGCCACGACUGUCACAGCUCGGCCUCCUGUUCCAACAGCCCUGGCUCUUUCCGGUGUGUGUGUGGGGCUGGGUACACUGGGGACGGAAGGAUUUGUACAGAUGUGGAUGAGUGUCAGAGUGGGAGCCACAACUGUCACAGCUCGGCCUCCUGUUCCAACAGCCCCGGCUCUUUCCGGUGUGUGUGUGGGGCUGGGUACACUGGGGAUGGAAGGACUUGUACAGAUGUGGAUGAGUGUCAGAGUGGGAGCCACGACUGUCACAGCUCGGCCUCCUGUUCCAACAGCCCUGGCUCUUUCCGGUGUGCGUGUGGGGCUGGGUACACUGGGGAUGGAAGGUCUUGUACAGAUGUGGAUGAGUGUCAGACUGGGAGCCAUGACUGUCACAGCUCGGCCUCCUGUUCCAACAGCCCCGGCUCUUUCCUGUGUGUGUGUGGGGCUGGGUACACUGGGGACGGAAAGUCUUGCACAGAUGUGGAUGAGUGUCAGAGUGGGAGCCACGACUGUCACAGCUCGGCCUCCUGUUCCAACAGCCCUGGCUCUUUCCAGUGUGUGUGUGGGGCUGGGUACACUGGGGACGGAAGGACUUGUACAGACUCUGCAGUGAGUGACAUGUGUGUCAGCAAUCCGUGUGGACCCAAUGCCUCCUGUUCCCAACGGGACGGAAGGGUCACCUGCACUUGUGUGCCCGGCUACACGUGGAAUGGAUCCAGCUGCAUAGAUGUGGAUGAGUGUCAGAGUGGGAGCCACGACUGUCACAGCUCAGCCUCCUGUUCCAACAGCCCCGGCUCUUUCCAGUGUGCGUGUGGGGCUGGCUACACUGGGGAUGGAAGGACUUGUACAGAUGUGGAUGAGUGUCAGAGUGGGAGCCACGACUGUCACAGCUCAGCCUCCUGCUCCAACAGCCCCGGCUCUUUCUGGUGUGUGUGUGGGGCUGGGUACACUGGGGACGGAAGGAAUUGUACAGAUGUGGAUGAGUGUCAGAGUGGGAGCCACGACUGUCACAGCUCGGCCUCCUGUACAAACAGCCUUGGCUCUUUCCAGUGUGUGUGUGGGGCUGGGUACACUGGGGAUGGAAGGACUUGUACAGAUGUGGAUGAGUGUCAGAGUGGGAGCCACGACUGUCACAUCUCAGCCUCCUGUUCCAACAGCCCCGGAUCUUUCCAGUGUGUGUGUGGGGCUGGGUACACUGGGGACGGAAGGACUUGUACAGAUGUGGAUGAGUGCCAGAGUGGGAGCCACGACUGUCACAGCUUGGCCUCCUGUUCCAACAGCCCCGGCUCUUUCCAGUGUGUGUGUGGGACUGGGUACACUGGAGACGGAAGGACUUGUACAGACUCUGCAGUGAGUGACGUGUGCGUCAGCAAUCCGUGUGGAUCCAAUGCCUCCUGUUCCCAACGGGAUGGAAGGGUCAUCUGCACCUGUGAGCCCGGCUACGCCUGGAAUGGAUCCAGCUGCACAGAUGUGAAUGAGUGUCAGAGUGGGAGCCACGACUGUCACAGCUCAGCCUCCUGCUCCAACAGCCCCAGCUCUUUCUGGUGUGUGUGUGGGGCUGGGUACACUGGGGACGGAAGGAAUUGUACAGAUGUGGAUGAGUGUCAGAGUGGGAGCCACGACUGUCACAGCUCGGCCUCCUGUUCCAACAGCCCCGGCUCUUUCCGGUGUGUGUGUGGGGCUGGGUACAUUGGGGAUGGAAGGACUUGUACAGAUGUGGACGAGUGUCAGACUGGAAGCCACGACUGUCACAGCUCAGCCUCCUGUUCCAACAGUCCCGGCUCUUUCCGGUGUGUAUGUGGGGCUGGGUACACUGGGGACGGAAGGACUUGUACAGAUGUGGAUGAGUGUCAGAGUGGGAGCCACGACUGUCACAGCUCGGCCUCCUGUUCCAACAGCCCUGGCUCUUUCCGGUGUGUGUGUGGGGCUGGGUACACUGGAGACGGAAGGACUUGUACAGUGAGUGACGUGUGCGUCAGCAAUCCGUGUGGAUCCAAUGCCUCCUGUUCCCAACGGGAUGGAAGGAUCAUCUGCACCUGUGAGCCCGGCUACGCCUGGAAUGGAUCCGGCUGCACAGACGUGGACGAGUGUCAGAGUGGGAGCCACGACUGUCACAGCUCGGCUUCCUGUUCCAACAGCCCUGGCUCUUUCCAGUGUGUGUGUGGGGCUGGGUACACUGGGGACGGAAGGACUUGUACAGAUGUGGAUGAGUGUCAGAGUGGGAGCCACGACUGUCACAGCUCAGCCUCCUGUUCCAACAGUCCCGGUUCUUUUCAGUGUGUGUGUGGGGCUGGGUACACUGGGGACGGAAGGACUUGUACAGAUGUGGAUGAGUGUCAGAGUGGGAGCCACGACUGUCACAGCUCGGCCUCCUGUUCCAACAGCCCUGGGUCUUUCCGGUGUGUGUGUGGGACUGGGUACACUGGGGACGGGAGGACUUGUACAGAUGUGGAUGAGUGUCAGAGUGGGAGCCACGACUGUCACAGCUCGGCCUCCUGUUCCAACAGCCCCGGCUCUUUCCAGUGUGUGUGUGGGGCUGGGUACGCUGGAGACGGAAGGACUUGUACAGAUGAGGACGAAUGUCUGCGGGACAAUGGCGGCUGCUCCCAGCGCUGUGUGAACACGGUGGGCAGUUACCGCUGUGACUGCCACCCAGGGUACACCUUGAGUCCCGGAAGCAGAACAACAUGCACAGAUGAGGACGAAUGUCUGCGGGACAAUGGCGGCUGCUCCCAGCGCUGUGUGAACACGGUGGGCAGUUACCGCUGUGACUGCCACCCAGGGUACACCUUGAGUCCCGGAAACAGAAGAACGUGCACAGAUGAGGACGAAUGUCUGCGGGACAAUGGCGGCUGCUCCCAGCGCUGUGUGAACAUGGUGGGCAGUUACCGCUGUGACUGCCACCCAGGGUACACCUUGAGUCCCGGAAGCAGAACAAUAUGCACAGAUGCGGACGAGUGUCAGAGUGGGAGCCACGACUGUCACAGCUCGGCCUCCUGUUCCAACAGCCCCGGCUCUUUCCAGUGUGUGUGUAGGGCUGGGUACACUGGAGACGGAAGGACUUGUACAGAUGUGGACGAAUGUCUGCGGGACAAUGGCGGCUGCUCCCAGCGCUGUGUGAACACGGUGGGCAGUUAUCGCUGUGACUGCCACCCAGGGUACACCUUGAGUCCCGGAAGCAGAACAACAUGCACAGAUCUCAACGAAUGUGCGAAUCCUGUACGGAAUCAGUGUGACAGCAACGCUCAGUGCCUGAACUCAGUGGGUUCCUACCACUGUGAGUGCAAAUCCUAUUACAGAGGGAAUGGGACACACUGUGAAGGUUGCUUUUGCCCACCAGAAAUUAUACCAGGAACUGUGAAUCUACCGGCUCUUUCAAGGAGUCCCUGUCCCUGUGUAUCUGGUUUCAUCGUGUCCAAUAAUUUCCCAAGCUACUACCAGAAUAGUGCGGAUAUGUACUGGUUCUUCAACUUGAUCCAGAUGUCUAACUCCACUCACCUGUACACAGGAAUCCUAUUCAGGGUGGACUUGUUGUCUGUGACAUCCCAGGAAGAUCACAUCUCCUUUGGUUGUGGAAAGAAUCCUGAUCAACGCUUGCGAUUCACAUUGACUGAGAAAGACUUAAAUAUCAUGUACUUUCGUGUCUCCAAUUGCACUGACGUGUGGGUCCAUUUCCAUUCUGGUCCACAUACACCAAACACAAAGUUCAACAUUUAUUAUGAAAUGGAGUGGUCCCUCUGCCGGAGAUUGAAUUGUGAUGUAAACGCAACGUGUGGCUCAGUUAGGUCAGGAUAUCCAGUGUGUAUCUGCAUGCCAGGCUGGAGUGAAUCGGAUACCGGAUGUUAUGACAUUAGGAACAUGGUGCAGGCUGUCACUGCCAAUGUCACAGGACCCAACAUCAGACUGACAUGGGUGGUCAAGCCGCUGCCAGGAAUUGUGAUUCUCAACUAUCAAAUUAACACCAACUGCACAAACCACACCGGCAGGGUCCAGCAGAUGCAGAGUUACCGGCCUGCAAAUGCCACCUCUUUAGUUUUAACAGGUCUGGGCUCCUUGUCCAUGUGUACCACUGUGAUCCAGGUAAACACCUCCUCAGAUGGCCUGGUGACCUCUCGACCUUUUACCUUCGGCAUAUACUCCGAAAUGAUCCUGGAGCCAUUGAGUUUGAUCUCCAUCUCGACCACCAGUGCUGUGAUCUCAUGGGGUGCCCUUAGAAGUGUAAAUGGUCUGAGAGCCUGCCGACUUCACUAUUACAGCACUGGGGCACCCAGUAUGGUUCAUACCAUCAACACCGACUCAGUCAGUACAGAGAUUCUGAUCACAGGGUUGGAACCAAAUACCACAUACACUAUGUCCGUGGAGUGUGACUCUCCCUUGAAUCAAACACUCACCUCCCAGCCUCUUGAAAUCACCACUCCGCCGACUUUGCGAUUCUUAAGCAACCUACGGGCUUCUCAUGUAACUGCAAGUAUCGCUGUGAUCAGCUGGGACCCACCCAAGUCGGAAGCUGUCCUGGUUGUGUCCUACUGCAUUAACUAUGGUCCCUAUGGGAGCAACAGACCCAUGAAGAGUGUCUUUGCUUUUCCUCCAAUCACAAGAGUGAUCCUCACAGAUCUGAAUGAGUCGACUCUGUACGUUGUGUCAGCUUCUGCUAAAACGUUCUAUGGGGAUGAGGACAGUGGUUUGCUGUUGAAAUUUAUGACCCAAAGCUUCGUCGUCCAAUCGGGUGAGAUCCCAUCAGCCCCACAGGAAGUGAAGGUAGGGGAGUUUGAACCAUGCUGUGUGCUUGUCAGCUGGAAACCACCUUCUGCACCCGAGGAGAAAAUAAUACAGUACAAUGUUGACGUCCAGGUCAGUGAAUCCUCACCUGUGCAAUACACAACAAUUGUAACCUAUAUCUACCUGCAAGAUCUGGAUCCGGAGCAGAUAUAUGACAUCAGUGUGUCCGCGGUAAACAGCCAAGGUGUAGGAUUAACCAGUGAGAAGCUAUCUGUCAGACUGAUCCAGGAAACUGAAACAGCACUGAAAAUAAAGCCAAGAUUACUAAUCAGUGAAGAUUUCUCGAUAAGGGCUUCGAGCAUCUUCUUGAGACUUCCAGACUGUGGAGUAUUUGAUGCAGCUGCAAAACAGCUGAACGCUACGUACGGUCGCCUCUCCAUCUAUAUUGUUGUUGCAAAGGACAAGGUUGCCUCCGAGAAUUUUACCCUCCUGUCUCCAAGCGCACUUGGCGGGCUCUACUACUAUUACACUGGCACAGAAGGGCAACGUCCAUACAUUGCACAGCGACACUUCUCUGUCUACGACUGCCACCACAGAGAGCAUCGACUACCUCAGAAGACCAUGUCAUACUAUGUGGUUGGCUCCAAUGUCACUUGUCACUCGACUGAAGUUAUUUGUGACAGCCAACUGCAGUCUAACACAAGCUACAGAAUCAAAUACAUUCUCGCUGAUCAACAUAAAGGAGAGAUCAUGAGCAGCGAUUGGUCGGAUAAGUUCAGGACCAAAGCAGUUACUCCUUACCAAGUACUGGAAGAGGACUGGCAGCGGUCUGCAGGGAUGAUCAUCAUCACUGUCGUAUCAUCGUGUCUCCUCUGCUUCCUACUCCUUGGCCUCCUCCUUGUAUGCUGCUACAGAAAGAAAAGGACUGGAAUUAUGAAGAAUAACUGGAUGGGAUACGACACACAUUUUAAGAAAAAUAUUCGCACGGACAACUUGCUCUCAGCAGCAGGCGGAGAACAGGAAAACCAGAAAGUGAACAACACGUUGUUCUUUCUCCAACCCCAGGACCAACGAUACAAAGAGGACAAUAUUCCUCAGUUCUGGAAAAUUCCAGAAUACCACAGUGGUUAUGAGGAGAAGGGACUGCCAAUAACUCAAGGAAUACAUUCCAAUCAUCUGUCAUUCAACUCUAUUCAGCAAUCCUCGGAUAAAGGCCUGACAAUUCAGGACAGUGUUUACGGAGACAAGGGGUCAGCUCUAACCCAAGCGAUGGGCUCCAAACAUCUGUCGUACAGCACCCUCAGUAACCCUGCACCCACUGAUGGCCUGGCCUUCCAGAAGAGCUCCGGUGGUCUAGGUCAGAAUCGACUGGUUCAGACUGGAUUGACGGGGCCUGGAUGGAUCUGGAAUGGAAAGGUUCCAACUGGAUCAACCCGGACUGGAUCGGUUUGGAGUGGAUCAGCAUGGAAUGAUUUGGUUCAGACUGGAUCUGUUCAGAGUGGGUCCACCCAGGCUGAAUCUGUACUGAACAGAUCAGCUCAGACUGGAUCAACUUGGAAUAGAUCAACUAAGACUGAAUCAACCCAGACUGAAAUGGCCAAGACGAGAUCAGCUGAGACUGGAUCGGUCCACACUGCGUCGGCAUGGCACAGAUUAGCUCCAACUGGUUUAGAAGAACACACGGCAGCUCCCAUCGCCAGCAGGUCCCCUCUCCGCACGAGGGUGGUGCAAAGUCAAUCAGUUCAGACUGAGAUGGAACAGGCUGGAUCAGUCGGGAUAAGUUCAGUGCUAUCUACCAACAGGUUCAGUGACACAUCGAGCUUGGUUGAAUCAGUAAGGAGCCGAUCAACAGCACAGUUCAUUCAGUCUAACAGAAUUAUUCAACUUGUUUCAUCCACUCCACCAAUCUCAGGUGAUAUCAGGAACCAUUGAGCGUCAAUCCAAGUUUCCAUUCAAGAUGAAACCUGUCCAACGUCUACAUUAUACUGGGCAAUUGAAAACAUUAUUGAACAGCAUUACUUAAGCAAUUUCCUCUUCACAGAAGUGCGAACACAACCACAAAAACAGGAUCUAAUAUACUCAUAGUCAUUGCAAUAGCAAAAAAUGGCGAC